UUUAGGCAUCGAUAAUGCCACUACAACAUAUUACAAUACUAAAUAUGUAUCCUAUGUAAACUUUACGGCUCGGUGGAUUAGGAAUCGCGGCCUAACGAUGCCUUCCGCGACUUUGCAUUUUUUUUCGACGUAUUCUUUUGAUGACAACGUAUCAGUGCAUUUCUCUUUUUACAAAUUUGUGAAUAACAGGUACACAAGAGGGUUCGUGGAACUGCAUUACACGCUUUGUGAUAUAGUAGAUCGUAACCGGAUUUUUGGCCAUGUUUUCAAACAGGGUAAAUUAAGUGGGUCAUGUCCCUAUACUGCGGGGGAUUACCACUUCUACAACUUGACACUCCCGAUAAAACGGAUCCCUAAAUCGUUCCCGUAUACGAAAGCCAGACUACAUAUCAAUACUACUGCUACUGCGAAUAAAGAACUUAUAUUUCAUUUGUAUGUUGAUUUAGAAAUAAAGGAAGCUGAUGUCAAAAUGAAGGACAAACAAUAAAGUUUGGUGUUUUGUCUUAACUAAGUUUAAUGUUUUCUUAUAAUUAUAAUGUUCAUUCUCUUUA